AUGGCUAUUAAUUUUAGUGACCCAACUUGUGGUUUUUACCACAGGGAAGUGGUAGGUUUUCUAAAUGAACAAAUAGUUAAAAAUGGGUCUAAUAGAUGCUUCAGUAGGAUUCAUUUGUGUAAGUCCUGGAGCGCUGUGGAAAGGGAGCUUCUGACCAUCGUGACUGACUCAGCAAUGCCCAGAAGUUUGAAGAAAUCGUGUGCGUGGAGUGCCCUGGCUUUGGGACGGAGCUUGGCUGAGAAGCAGGCCCAGGAGUACAGAGAAAAGGUAAAGAUAAUGCAGGAUCAGAUAGAUGAGCAGAGGCUGUUCAUUAACGCCUUGUUAGGGAUGGUACAAAAACAGAGGGAUAAACAUCAAGAUGAAAAGGGCGUGGGGGAGUUCGGACUCCAACAAGGACUUCCUCCGGACCUUAAUAGAGUAGAAGGGGAACAAUCUUUUCUCACAAGUACUCCUUUUACUUUGGUAAGAAAUCAGUUUCAAAGUCAGGAAGGAAGGAGAGACGAGGCCCAGGGAACCGGGCCAGAUCCAUCAGGCAGUGUUGUUCCCCAUGGAGAUGGGGGAUAUGACUGGACUGUGUCAGGCCAAAGUGCUUCAGCUGCUGCUGCUGCUGCUACAGUUCCUUUGGAUGAGGGAAAUGGGUUUUCUGAAAGAGCAAAUAGAAAUGAGGAAUCUUACUCUGAAAUCCAGAGGGCUUGGUCACAGACUAACCCACUGGCAUCUCUUAGUUUGGCUUCCACCUCAGCCCAACCUCGGUUUGUUUCCCAAGAAGCAGGAACAGAAGUACAGCAGAUUUGUGCAGUUCCUUCCCUCACCUCUUCUAGAGCUAGCUGGAGAGAUAAGCAAUUCCACCGAAGGAAGAUGCUUUCUUAUAAGUUCAGAGCAAGAGCUGACUCCUCUCAAUACAGGAAUUAUAGUGUCAUUCGCAGAGCUGGGGACUGGUACUGUGAUGAGUGUAAUGUGAUGAACUUCUCUUGGAGAAAUGUAUGUUUUAGAUGCAAGCAAUUCCAGGAAACAAGGGUAAUUGAAGACUUUUUACACAAUUGGAGAUAUAUGUGA